AUGUCAUCAAAACCAUAUUUCAGUAGUCAAUUAUUCAAAUCAAUUAGAGAAAAAGAAAUCUCCAGAUCAAUUAUCGUAGUUACCAUUCCUAUUCAAACAGUUAUGUUAUUAAUUAAUGAUGAAUUAUGUAGUUAUGAAUGUGAACCAUCUGAAUUUGAUCAAGGGUUUUUUGAUUUCCCGAUGGAUGAUAUUUUAUUAAAAGCAACUGCUGAAAAAGUCACUGAUCAAGAAACAUUAGAUGUGUUUAAAGAUGACAUGGUUCAUGUUUUAGAAGGACCACCAAUGUUGAAAGAUAGGGUGUAUGCUUUAAAAGAAGAUGGUAAUAGAAUUUUGAUUCAACCUGGUAGAUAUAGUGAAAAUGAAAGUUAA